AUGGUACAAGAUAGAGUCGUAUUUAUUUCAGGAGCCACUGGUUUCAUUGGUCAACAUAUAGUUAAACAAUUAAUUGAAAAAGGUUUUAAAACAAUUGGAUCAGUUAGAUCAACAGAAAAAGGAGAUAAUUUUAAAAACUUAUUGAAAGAAGCUGGUUUAAAUUAUGAAUUGUUUGAAUAUGAAAUUGUUAAAGAUAUUAGUUCAAAGGGAGCUUUUGAUGAUGCAUUAAAAUCACACCCUGAGAUAACUGAUGUUUUACAUACUGCUUCUCCUUUUACUUUUGAAGUUCAAGAUAUUGAAAAAGAAUUAUUAAGACCAGCUAUUGAUGGUACUGAAUCUGCUUUACAAGCUGUUUUAACUUAUGGAAAAAAUGUUGAAAGAGUUGUUAUAACAAGUUCUUAUGCUGCUGUUGCUGGAUUUGGUGAAUUAGCUGCUCCUGGUAAAGAAUUAACUGAAAAAGAUUGGAAUCCAAUUACUUAUGAACAAUCAAAAUCUAAUCCAAUGAAUGGUUAUCUUGGUAGUAAAAAAUUUGCCAACAAAAAGGCAGUUGAAUUUGUUGAAGAACAUAAACCAAAAUGGUCAUUAACUACAAUUUGUCCAGUUUAUGUUUUUGGUCCACAAGCUUUUGAAAUAAAAGAUAAAUCAAAAUUAAAUACUUCAAAUGAAGUUAUAAAUGGAUUAAUUAAAGCUGGAAAAGACAAAUCAGAUCCACCACAACAACUUACUGGUUAUUUUAUUGAUGUACGUGAUGUUGCUCAUGCUCAUGUCAAAGCAGUUGAACCAGGUAAUAAAUUGGGUGGUGAAAGAUUAAUUUUAUCUGAAGGACCAGUAACAACUGCUAAAAUUGCUGAAAUUAUUCAUAAAGAUUUCCCAACUAUUCCAUUACCACAUUUAGAUCCAUCAAAAGCACCAAAUUGGGAUAAAACUGAGAGUAUUAUUAAUAAUAAAAAAACUAGAGAAUUAUUAGGUUUUAAAUUUAUUGAUUUAAAACAAUCAGUUGAUGAUACUAUUGAACAAAUCAUUGAAUAA